AUGAGGCAAGCUCGUGCCGAGGUUGAAAUCAUUGCAACCACCGGUAACGACGGACAGAAAAGGCGACCCUUUCAGCACGAGCUUACGUACGUUUUCAGUCGAUCCAUUUGUAACGUUUCCAAGGAAUUCUUCUAUCGAAUGACUGAGCCAGUCGGCUGGAUCGCUCUCCGACGAAAUCCGAUGAACGCAGCUGAAGUCGAAUUCGGCCGUCAUGUAAACUUUGUUCGCAUGGAUGAGUAG